AUUGAACGAAAUUUGAAGGGCGUUACGUGCGUGCCUCGCUUUUUCAUUACCAUUUGUGAGUGAUGCAAUGUAAGGAAAAGUGCAAUUAUAUAAUUUACACAAUAUCACUUAAACAGAAAAAGUAGGUAUGGCUAACUCACAACGUGUUUUCGAUUAUUCAGAAGAAUCUCAAGCAGAGAAAUUAGCAAGAAAAUCAAAGGAUUCCCCUUUUAUGAUCAUAGGUAUUUUAGGAUUAAUAGGAGUAUGUGGCUGGGGUGCAUAUUCCUAUAAAAAUAGAGGUAAAAUGAGCACAAGUGUAUUUUUAAUGCAACUGCGAGUGGCCGCUCAGGGUACUGUUGUGUCAGCACUCACUAUUGGCUUAGCAUACACAUUAGCCAAGCAACAUCUAUUUAAGGAUGAGAAGAAAGAAUAGCAUAACUUAACAAAAAACUAGGGGACAUUAAUAGCAAAACUAUUGUUUAGAAAUAUGUGAAUAACAUUAUUUAUUUUUUGAAGAUAAGAUAAAAAUGAAUUAUACAUUUUCAAUGAUAUCGAAACAAUAUCACAAUUUUAUUUUCAAUGUUGUAGCAAAUUUUUAAAUUAUGUAGAGAAUUUAUAUUAAAAGUAAUAUAUAAAAGGGAAUGUGUAAGGAGCCGUACAUUUAUCAAGUGAUGUUUAUUCAAAAACUAACCUCCUCCUCCCCCUUAGUAACCAUCCAAAUCACAUGUAUAUUUUGACAUAACUUUUCACAGGUCAUUGAAAAAAUCGCGUCUAAUUACCGUUAUUAUAAAUAUGUAAUAAUGCAGCGCAAUAGUUCAAAACUAAAUAUCACUUUUCGGUUUAGUAAUUGCGCGUUUGAGGAAAAUAUAAAUACACAUGGUAUAUUACUACACAACCUCCCCCGUUGUGAUAUUUCGUGAUUUUUGUCGAACCUCCCACCCCCUAUCGAAUCUCACGUGAUUAAUGUAUGGCCCCUAACUAAUUGACUAAGUUCUAGAGAAAGGAAAAAUUAUAUUCAAAAUUAUAAUAGACAAUUGUGGGAUCUCAUAUUUUGUAUGUGUGGAAUUCAGAUCAUGUAGAAUGAAUAUAUAUGUCUUUUGUAAAUUAUACUCAUCCCACAAAUCAUUCCCUUCACAUUUUUUUGUAAACAGAACUAAAAAGUAAAGCAAUAAGUAUUAUUAUAACUUAUUUUCUGUAUUUAUCCAAGCUUGAAAAAUUAUUGCUUAAAAUAUUUAUUUGAUUGUUUAAAGAAAUUCAUUUUUAAAAGUAACUUACAAGAAUCUCAAAAUUUGAAACUCUAAUUAUUAUCUCAAACAAAAUGUAUGUACUUAUGCUAUAAAAUAUUAUUAAAUUACAUAAGUAGGAAAAUGUACUGUAUUGUUUUGUGAUAAUUGUGAUAAUGUUAUUAAUGUUGUUUAAGUUAUUAGCUAUUUAUUGAUCUAUAAUUGAUAUAGAAAAUUAAAAUAAAUGUAUUUUAAU